CUCACAGGGCCGAGGCCAGCGGCUCCGGAGCCAGCCGCCAUGUCCUCCACCGUGAACAACGGGGCGGCCACCAUGCCGUCCCCCCCGGACGCGGCGAACGGCUUCCCGCAGCCGGGCGCCUCCUCGGGGACCUGGCCGCGGGCGGAAGAGGAGCUGCGCGCCGCAGAGCCGGGCCUGGUGAAGCGCGCGCACCGCGAGAUCCUGGACCACGAGCGCAAGCGGCGCGUGGAGCUCAAGUGCAUGGAACUGCAGGAGAUGAUGGAGGAGCAAGGGUACUCAGAGGAGGAGACCCGGCAGAAGGUCAGGACUUUCCGGCAGAUGCUGAUGGAGAAGGAGGGAAUGCUCACCAGGGAGGACCGGCCUGGGGGCCACAUCGUGGCGGAGACCCCGCGGCUGCUCGAGGGCGUGGACCCGGGCCAGGAGUACGCGCCCUUGGACGAGGACGACGGCCCGGUGGACUGUGACUGCCCGGCCGCCUGCUACCGCGGGCACCGGGGGUACAGGACCAAGCACUGGUCCAGCAGCUCCGCGUCGCCCCCUCCCAAGAAGAAGAAGAAAAAGAAAGGCGGCCACCGGCGAAGCCGCAAAAAGAGGAGACUGGACUCCGAGUGCAGCUGUGGGAGCUCCUCACCGCAGCGCAAGAAGAAGAAGAGUGUGAAGAAGCACCGCAGAGACAGGUCUGAUUCUGGGUCCCGGAGGAAGAGACGACACAGAUCUCGAAGCCCCAAGAGCAAAAGAAAAGAGAAGAACAAAGAGAAGAAGAGGCCACACGCGGGGUCCCCGGGUCGGAGGUCCAAUCGCCACAGCAGCGGCAGCUCUCAGAGCCCCUCCCUCUCCUCCCAUUACAGCGAUUCCAGAUCACCCAGCAGGCUGAGCCCCAAGCACCGAGAUGACGGGCGGAAGACGGGCAGCCAGCGGUCCAGCGGGAGCCGGUCGCCUUCCCCGUCUGGCGGCAGCGGAUGGGGGUCGCCCCAGCAGAACGGCGGCAACAGACAGCGGAGCGGAGCGCACUGGGGCCGCCCCGGCUCGGCGCACAGCCCGCCAGAUAAGCCCAGCUCGCCCUCGCCCAGGGCCCGCGACCAGGCGGAGGCCGGCGCAGCCACGCCGCCCGCGCGGGGCAAGGAGAGCCCGAGCCCGCGCUCGGCGCCGUCGUCCCAGGGCAGAGGAGAUCCCCCCUCCCCCCUCCCACUGACCCCUCUCCCCGCACUGACCACUCUCCCUCCUUCUCAGACCAAGGAGCGGCCCCCGCGCGCCCGGCCGGCCAGCACCUCCCCGUCCCCGGGCGCGCACGGCAGGCACGGCGGCCCGGAGGGGAAGAGCUCGUCGCGCAGCCCGGGCCCCCACCCGCGCUCGUGGAGCUCCAGCCGCUCUCCCUCCAAGUCCCGCUCGCGCUCUGCGGAGAAGAGGACCCGCAGCCCCAGCCGCUCGCCGUCGCCCAAGAAAACCCUGGGCCGGGACAAGGACGGCGAGGGCCGCGCGAGGCACGCCGAGGCCGAGGCCGCCCGCGCCCGGCGCCGCUCCCGCAGCUACUCGCCCAUCCGCAAGCGGCGCCGGGACUCGCCCAGCUUCAUGGAGCCACGGCGCAUCACCAGUGCCCGAAAGCGUCCCAUCCCCUACUACCGGCCCAGCCCCUCGUCCUCCUCCAGCUGCCUGAGCAGUGACUACUCAAGCCGGAGCCCCAGCCGCAGCCCCAGCCCGGGCCACAGCCACGGAAGCUACAGCAGCCGCAGCCGCGGCACCCGCAGCCGCACCCGCAGCCCCUCCCGGACCCCCAGUCCCAGCUACCACAGCCGGAGCAGCUCAGAGAGUGGGGGCUUCUGA